UCUAUACCGCGCCAGUUACUCCAAGAUAGCAAGCGAGCAGUUUCUCUGUAUUAAACUCUCUCCUAUUUUGCUGCUAAAAGCCGCAAAAGUACAGAGACGUACAUAGAAGGUGGUACAGAGAGAGGGACAGGGUGGGGAGAGAAAGUGAAGAAAAGUUCCGGUUCCUCUGCGGAGCAAGUUCGUCUUCUACCACUCAAGUCAACGUUGCAUUCGGAUUGGGUGAAUUUGGGAGGAGAAGUGUAGCGUUCAACGAUCUCUGUGUGGAAGAGAGGAGCUAUUGGUUUGGAUUGCGUGGGGGGUUGAGCUCCGCCGUCCGAGAGCGAGUGUUCAAAGCGUGUUGCGGUCCUCAGUCAAAGUCUGAUCAGUGAAGGCACAAGCUUCUGGUUUGUUCAUCUAUUCCGAUUCAGUUCUCGAUUUCGUGGUUAUAGAAGGAGAUAUGGAGGAUAUUGCCCCUGCCAAAAUCAAGGAGAGACCUUCUGCAUCUGUUCUGCCAUAUGUUGGUGUUGCUUGUUUGGGAGCCGUUUUAUUCGGAUAUCAUCUAGGGGUGGUGAAUGGUGCCCUAGAUUAUCUUGCCAAGGAUCUUGGGAUUGCUGAAAACACUGUUUUGCAAGGAUGGAUUGUUAGCACACUUCUUGCUGGUGCCACUGUUGGCUCAUUUACUGGGGGAGCAUUGGCUGACAAAUUUGGCCGGAGAAAGACUUUUCAAUUGGAUGCAAUCCCACUUGCCGCUGGAGCAUUUCUUUGUGCCACAGCUGGGAGUGUACAGACAAUUAUAAUUGGUCGUUUGCUUGCUGGCAUUGGAAUUGGCAUCUCAUCUGCUAUUGUGCCACUUUACAUAUCCGAGAUAUCACCAACUGAAAUUCGUGGCACACUUGGAUCUGUCAACCAACUGUUCAUUUGUAUUGGGAUACUUGCAGCAUUGGUGGCUGGAUUGCCUUUAGCAGUAAAUCCUUUGUGGUGGAGGACAAUGUUUGCUUUAGCAGUUGUACCCUCUGUUCUAUUGGCACUUGGAAUGGCAUUUUCUCCAGAAAGCCCUCGUUGGCUGUAUCAGCAAGGGAAAAUUUCUCAAGCUGAAGCAGCAACUGAAAGGCUAUUUGGGAAAGCAAGAGUUGCUGAGGUUAUGAAUGAUUUACAUGCAGCAGCUCAAGGUUCUUCAGAACAGGAAGCUGGGUGGUUUGAUCUUUUUAGUAGCCGGUACUCGAAAGUUGUCAGUGUUGGUGCAGCACUUUUUUUGUUCCAACAGUUGUCUGGAAUAAAUGCUGUGGUAUGUUAUUCUACAGCUGUGUUCCGCAGCGCUGGAAUUGCAUCUGAUGUUGCUGCCAGUGCUCUGGUUGGGGCGUCAAAUGUUUUUGGUACAACCAUGGCAUCCUUUUUAAUGGACAGAGAAGGAAGGAAAAGUCUUCUGAUUAAAAGCUUCGCUGGAAUGGCUGCUUCAAUGUUGCUGCUUUCAUUGUCCUUCACCUGGAAUGUCCUGGCACCAUAUUCUGGCACACUUGCAGUUCUGGGGACUGUCCUUUAUGUAUUGUUCUUUUCUCUUGGUGCUGGUCCUGUGCCUGCUCUUCUACUUCCAGAGAUAUUUGCCUCUAGAAUUAGGGCAAAAGCAGUUGCCUUAUCAUUGGGCACACAUUGGAUAUCUAAUUUUGUCAUCGGCCUGUAUUUCUUGAGAGUUGUAGACAAGUUUGGUAUCAGCACAGUGUACCUUGGAUUUGCUUCUGUUUGUGUUGUCGCUAUCUUUUAUAUCGCUGGUAAUGUUGUGGAAACAAAGGGGCGAUCACUGGAGGAAAUAGAGCGUGCAAUUUGAGCGGAUAGGAUUUUGAGAUGGACUAAUUUUGUUACCCACCAUUUUUGUGGUCUUUUUCUGAACAUCUAAGCUCAAGUGUAACUAUAGACUUUGUGGCUUCGUCGGACUAGGCAUCAGUGGCUAUUUUCGUUUCUGUAAUAAUUCAUUAUCUUGUCGAAACUAAGAUUACAGGACAUGCUUCUAAUCAUGAUACCCCUGAAUGCAACGGGACUUCAACACGAAGCUAAUGAAAGUGUUGAGCCAAUUUAGAUCAAAGUGUUUGAGUAAACAAUUUGAU